GGACGAUGACAGGACCUCACAUCUACCGAUCGAACUUCUUAUCCAAAUCUUCCGCGCGCCCAGUUAGAAGGAAAUACAGACUGGCAUGCAAACUCCUUGAUAUCAUCACACGGAACCGUGACGAUGCACGUCUCCAGUACGAGAUACGGCUGGGCCUGAAUCAAGCCUGAAUGGGCAGCAAGAUGGGCCUUCGACUAAGCGUCUGUGCAUGGUCGUCUACUCAUUCUGAAUGAAUACCAGGCUGCUUGGGACCAGUUGCGCUUCGAUCCUAUGGUGAUCGUGGAUAUGGAGUCUGAUCGCGUUUGGGAUAUACGCGGAAACAUACUAUCACAGGCGAGUGAAGAUCCCUGGUCUUUGUACAGCUUUAAUCGCGCGCACGUAACAUUGAUGAACGAAGAUGGUCGUUGAACCACGUUCAUAUCCCUCUUCGUGACUAUGCUUUUGAUCCCGCCCAGGAUCUGCUCAUACUUGUGGAGCACCGUGACGUGCAAGACUACGAGCAUUACAUACAUCUCAGGGAAUCCAUAUGUGUUUGUAGCCGAUUUCAAUCAGGUGACCUUUCGGAAGGCUUUAAUGAAUGAAGAGUAUGUGACCGGGGCGAGAACAAUGAAGCUGAUGCACGAAGCCGGUAUAUUGGAUGACCCCUCGCAGAUGUUUUCAGAUCCCGUCACCACUUCGCUACCAUAUCGCUGGGGAACGGUGCGUUUACCCGGAAAUUAUGACAACGUCAACUCUGGAGGGGCAAUGGUCAGUGAAGACUCAAAUUGUUUUGUAUAUCAUUAUUGUAUUCUAAGCGUAUAAUCGGAGCUCGACAUCCAUUGAAGGAGCACACAUUGUCAUUCAUCCGGAUCAAUAUUACUCUCUUCGCCGUUAAUUCGGUAGUAGUAUAUAUAUUUCACGAAUCUUUCUUUUUUAUGUGUUUUAGUCACUGAAAUCUUGUAGAAGAAUAUCAAUAUAUACUAUCCAGGUUGUUUAUGUGGACUCUAUCGUCCAUUAUGAUGAAUAAAACAGUGCAGUAAUU